GCCUACGUCUAUCCUGGUCAUACCUUGCACUGCACCGUUUGCACACUGCGCGCAUUCCUAGCAGGGCCCAUGUCGCCCGAGCUGCGGCAAAGCACCGCCGAAAGCUGGAGCAGAAUCCUGGAUGCUGCGCGGAAAGACGCUGCGUGGCCAACAGGGCCAAUCGUCUUGAAGAUGGGUCGCCCAACGUUGGAGGGCUCAGCUGGCAUCUUCCGCUAUGAGGAUACGGCCGGGGCUGUGGCAGCCAUGCGCAAAGCCCUGCGCGGCGCCAUCCUCGCUGCUGGGGGCGAGCCUGCAGAAGGCGGAGGAGACAGAUCCAGGGCAAAGCCCCCCUCUGGGACUCCAGAAGGGGAGCCGGCGCCACACAUCCCAGACAUCGUCCACUCCACAGUGCUGCGAUGGACCGCAGAGCCUGCGGACCGUGCUGCUGCACAGGAAGCUUUUGCGCGGGUGGCAGAGUCCUGGGAGCCUCUGGAGAUUGUCGCAACGGCUCCGCGCGCUGUCUUUGAGGACAUCCC